AUGGCGACUUUCUUGGAGAGCUCGUACAGCCUGGUGCACCAGGACAACACCUCCGACACACCCUCCCUCCAGGACCUCCGAAACCAGCUGGAGAAGGGCACAGACGAGUCGAAGGUCGACACGAUGAAGAGGAUCCUCACUAUCAUGCUCAAUGGCGACCCCAUGCCCACCCUCCUCAUGCACAUCAUCCGCUUUGUCAUGCCCAGCAAGAGCAAGCCCUUGAAGAAGCUGCUAUACCUGUACUACGAAAUAUGUCCCAAGCUAGAUCAAAGCGGGAAGCUGAAGCAGGAGAUGAUUCUGGUGUGCAAUGGCAUUCGAAUGGAUCUACAACACGCCAACGAGUACAUUCGUGGGAACACGCUGCGAUUUCUGUGCAAGCUACGGGAACCCGAACUCAUUGAACCUUUACUCGCACCAACACGCGCCUGCCUCGAGCACCGACAUUCGUAUGUGCGGAAGAAUGCUGUCUUCGCCAUUGCUUCGAUCUUUCAGCAUUCUGAGGCGCUGAUGCCUGAUGCGCCUGAGCUGCUGCAGAACUUCCUUGAGUCGGAGUCGGACAACACCUGUAAGCGCAAUGCAUUCGCCGCGCUCAUGAGCGUGAGCCAUGAGAAGGCGCUGGAGUAUCUGAGCGGAGUGUUCGAGGGCAUACCCAACGCAAGCGAGUUGCUGCAACUGGUGGAGAUGGAGUUCAUCCGAAAAGACGCAGUACAGAAUCAGCAGAACAAGGCGCGGUAUCUGCGGUUGAUCUUCGACCUGCUGGAGGCAAAAGAGAGCACAGUGGUGUACGAGGCGGCCUCAUCCCUCACAGCACUCACAAACAACCCGGUUGCGGUGAAGGCGGCCGCGGCCAAGUUCAUCGAGCUGGCGAUCAAAGAGUCGGACAACAAUGUCAAGCUCAUUGUGUUGGAGAGGGUCAAUCAGCUGCGGAAACAGAAUGAGGGCAUACUGGACGAUCUUACGAUGGAAAUACUGCGCGUUCUUUCCAGCCCAGAUCUGGACGUGCGAAGAAAAGCAUUGGAGCUGGCAAUGGACAUGGUCAGCAGCAAGAACGUGGAAGAAGUGGUGCUGCUUUUGAAGAAGGAGCUCUCGAAGACGGUGGACGAGCAAUAUGAGAAGAACAACGAAUACCGGUCACUCCUCAUCCACUCCAUCCACCAAUGCGCCAUCAAAUUCUCCGAGAUCGCACAAAGUGUGGUCGGCUUGCUCAUGGACUUCAUCGCGGACUUCAAUAAUGCUUCAGCCAUCGAUGUGAUUUCGUUCGUCAAGGAGGUGGUUGAGCGCUUCCCGAAGAUGCGCGGGUCGAUCGUGGAGAGAUUGGUUGGCACACUCAGCGAAGUACGAGCCGGCAAGGUGUAUAGGGGCAGCUUGUGGAUUGUAGGCGAGUACUCGCUCGAAGAGAAGGACAUCCAAGGGGCGUGGAAGCGGAUACGAGCGUCACUUGGUGAGAUCCCUAUUGUUGCCUCUGAGGCGCGAUUACUGGAGGAGCAACCAGAUGGCGAGCCACCACUCAACGAGCAGGUCAACGGUCAUGCGAAGCCUUCCGCUGCGCCCACAGGAAGCAGGAAGGUUUUGGCUGAUGGUACGUAUGCGACCGAGAGUGCGCUCACAAGCCAGUCGUCUGCCAAGGCGAAACUGGACGCUGUCAAGGCCGCGCAGAAACCUCCUUUGCGACAGCUCAUUCUCGAUGGCGACUUUUACCUUGCGACUGUACUCUCUUCCACCCUCACGAAGCUGGUCAUGCGACAUUCAGAGAUCUCGAACGACGAGGCACGAACCAAUGCUCUGCGAGCAGAGGCCAUGCUGAUCAUGAUCUCCAUCAUCCGCGCUGGUCAAAGCCAAUUCGUGAAGCAGCCCAUCGACGAAGACUCAGUAGACCGCAUCAUGUCUUGCGUGCGGUCACUCGCAGAAUUCGCACAAAAGAAAGACCUCGAAACUGCAUUCCUCGACGACACCCGGCAAGCUUUCCGCGACAUGGUGCAAGUCGAAGAGAAGAAGCGCGCCGAGAAAGACGCCGUCCUCAAAGCCCAAUCCGCCAUCCAAGUCGACGACGUCUUCUCCAUCCGCCAGCUCAACAAGAAGAAUGCCGUCGACGGCGAGAUGGAUGUCACCAUGGACCUCGAAAAAGCCACCGGCGGCGACGCCACCACCGAAGACCUCUCCUCCAAGCUAUCCCGCGUUGUGCAACUUACUGGGUUCUCGGAUCCUGUGUAUGCGGAGGCGUACGUGCAGGUGCACCAGUUCGACAUCAUCCUCGACGUGCUGCUCGUCAACCAGACCCGCGACACUCUCCAGAACCUCUCCGUCGAGUUCGCCACCCUGGGCGACCUCAAAGUCGUCGAGCGCCCCACCACACAGAAUCUGGGCGGCCUCGACUUCCUCAACGUCCAAGCGACGAUCAAAGUCAGCAGCACCGACACGGGCGUCAUUUUCGGCAACGUCGUCUACGACGGCCCCUCGAGCACCGAGAGCAAUGUCGUCAUCCUCAACGACGUGCACGUCGACAUUAUGGACUACAUCCAGCCGGCCCAGUGCACCGAGACGCAGUUCCGCACCAUGUGGACGGAGUUUGAGUGGGAGAAUAAGGUGAAUAUCAACACGGUGAUGCCGGAGGGUGCUGGACUGAGGGGUUUCUUGCGGGGGUUGAUGAAGGUGACGAAUAUGGCUUGUCUCACGCCCGAGGCGAGUUUGAGCGGGGAGUGUCAGUUUUUGAGCGCGAAUUUGUAUGCUAGGAGUGUGUUUGGCGAGGACGCAUUGGCGAAUCUUUCAGUCGAGCAGGAGGGUACGUCCGGUCCAGUGACGGGCUUUAUGCGGAUACGGAGUCGAUCGCAGGGCCUGGCUCUCAGUCUGGGGAGUCUCAAAGGGCUGCAGAAGAUUGGAGAGGCGAUUUAA